AUGUCCAAACAACACCUCUUCCUAGCAGCCUUCCUCCUAUUUCUCUUCCAACUUCCACCAACAACUUCCAGCGACUGCCAUCGGCACCCCAGCUCCAUCUGCAUGAAGCAGGACACCUUUGUGCCUGGCCACACCUAUACUGGUCAGGGGGUUGACAUCACCACUCUGGAGAGAAAGGGAGCGUUUGUGGUGGACACCAGCCAAUGGCAGGGCCCCAAUGGGACGUGCGUCCUCUGUCGGAAUCACUUGAUGAAUGGGCAGCUGCAGAAACUUCCUUUAGCUGUUGCGGACUGGCAGGUGGUCCGCUCGUGCCAUCAGCAAGUCAGCAGCUCUGUGGAGAAUUUGGAUGUGGAUGUUGCCAAUGCAAUGGCCACGGAGGUGAAGAAUGACUGGAAAGCAGAUUUGGGAUUGGACAUGGAGCUGGGGUUCGGCGCAGUGCUGAGCAAAUUAGGGCUGGAGCUGCCUAAGAUGCAGGUGGCCCUUGCUGGAUCUCACUCCCGGAUGGCUAUUUAUGCACAUGAGAAAUCCCAGCAUGACAGUUACAGCUUUGUGAGGCAAGAGGUCUACUGCACACACUACAGGUGAGCAUCAGUAUCCCUCUAGAGAUACAAUCAAAGUAAAUGAUGAGCGGGCGUCCUCAACUGGAAGUUGGAUCAAACAGAUAUAGCAAUUCCAGCAGAGGUUUCUAGUGAACUGUGUUCUGCCCCCACAGGGUUCAGUUAUUCAUUCGUUCUUACUAUUCCAUUGUUAGACUUCUCUCUCAAUUCAGACAGCAUUCAACAAAACUCCACAAAGCUCUCAUACAUAGAGUUACUGAAGACUCAAACAAAGGAGGAAGGGAAGCUUUCUUCUUGCUUUGGGGAGAGCCAAUAGAAAGAAAGGAUAAUAGGAAGCAGGAGGCAGAUCAUCAGCUUGGUUGCAGGCUCAGAUGUUCAGGAAUUAGGGAAGUGGGCUGGAGGUGGUUAAGUGGCCCGGUCAGGCAGGGCGAUUCAGAUCAAGAGCUCAGCCCCAGAAGAGCCAGGGGUGGGUCCUGGGAAAUAAUGCACACCAGUUGAUUGACUGAUUGUCACCAUAUCUUUGGUCAACACUGUCACUGGAGGCUCAGGUAACCUUGGUGGGUAGCAGUAUUUUGCCCCAGCACUGCCUACUUCACCAGUUCUGGGCCCAUUUGGAGAGAAAUUAUUUGGCCACUGUCUUCCAUGCUCUGGUAACUCCCAGAUUGGAUUACUGCAAUGCAUUCUACAUGGGGCUGUCCUUGAAGAACAUUUAGAAACUUCAGCUCAUCCAAAAUGCUGCAGCCAGCUUACUGGCUGGGAUUUUUUCAAAGAGGGCCAGAUUUGAUGACAUGACCAUGCGUGAGGGAUGACCAAAGUUGGUUUUUUUAGGGUUGAGGUUGAGCUUUUUUUAAGAUUGAAGGUUUUUUUUUUUUUUAGGAUUUUACCCCAGGAGAUAAACUGCCACAGGGGCCGGAUUAAAUCGACCAGUGGGGCGGAUUAGGCCCCGAAACAGACAUUGGACAUGCCUGGUUUAGCUCUAACAUAUACCCCACUACAUUCUAAAGCAGCUGCAUUGGUUGCCAGUUUGUUUCCAGUUCCAAUUCAAGGUGCUCAAAUUUGUGUUUAAAGUCCUCUUGUAUGUGUACGCUUCCUCUCCUCUGAUUCGCAGGAAGCUCUGGGGGCCUUUACAGGGGAGGGAUAACAUGUUGGAGAGGAAGAAGAUCCCUGAAACUUUGCAGGCUUCCUUUCCCUCAAAAAGAUGGAGGAUUAUGGGUGUGGGUGGUGUGGGCAAAACUAUAAGCUUUGCUUCUAAUAUCUUGCUCCUCUUUUUCUCUUCUUGAGCAGGCUGAGACUCCCCCAUAGACCCUCACCGCUGUCCUCUCACUUUGCCCAGCAUGUGGCCGAACUGCCAAUAAAGAACAACUCUGAGGAAUACCAGCAUUUUAUCGACAGCUAUGGCACCCACUACAUCAGCCAGGUGGACCUUGGGGGCCGAGUUCGCCACCUGCUGGCUGUGCAGACAUGCAAGAUGGCCUUGUGGGGGGUUACAGCUUCCAGCAUCCAGGAUUGCUUAAAGUGGGGGUUUUCUUUGGGAGACAACGAGGUAUUUGGGUCCACUUCCCAAAAUGCCAGGUGUGAAGCGAUCCAGAAGUUCUACAGUCAUGGAGUCUCACAUGAAAACUAUGCCAGGCAGUACACUGAAGUUGUGGGAGGAGAUAAGAAGAUCGAGAUUCUCUUCUCAAAAGCCAGAGGAGCUCAACUCUUCUCAGAAUGGAAGAACAGUGCAAAAGCACAGCCUGGGCUGGUUUCCUAUUCCCUCCAGCCCUUGCACAUGUUGCUGAACCACCAGGACCCAAGGAGGGAUUUGCUGAAGCAAGCCAUUGCGAGUCAUAUAAACCGGAAGGCCCUGAAGAGGGAGUGUCCGCAGCGGUGUCCACGUUGGAGCUCCCAGAGCUCAGCUGAGCGAUGCACCUGCCUUUGUCAGAACAAUGGCCUCAACAACAACAUGUGCUGUGCCCGACAGCGGGGCAGGGCACACCUCACCUUAGUUGUGACCAGAGGAUCCAACCUUUGGGGCGACCACUUCACAGCCACCGAUGCUUAUGUCAGAGUUGUCUUUCAAGGUCGAGCGCUGAGGACCAGCAUCGUCCCAUCUGAUAACGACCCCCGGUGGCAUGAAACCCUGGGCUUUGGGACUGUCAUGCUGAAUCAUGAAAACCCCAUUCACAUAGAAGUCUGGGACAAUGAUGGCUGGCGUGGUAAUGAACUUUUGCAGAGGUGUACCCACAAUCUGGAGGCCAGGGCUGGUGCUCAAUGGUACACAUGUUCUCCACAAUAUGGAUACAUCGAGUUUUAUUACUUCCUGGAAUGCGGCCACACAUUGAGUGGCCCCACCUGUCAAGAAUAUGUCCCGCUCCAGCUGCCAACUUCUUAUUUUAACUAG